CACAGCGCGUGCUUCUCAUCUGUGAGACAUUUGGCGGCUAAUUCACUCAGACUUCCUUUACUGAGAGUUUAUUUUAUUAAUAACAAUACUGGGUUAACUAAUAGUGCUUAUUAACAGGAUGAAAUCAAUGGAAGACCAAGUUGUGGAGGACGAGGCAGGCUUUCAGGAUGAUGAUGAGUCCUUCUUUCAAGACAUUGAACUUCUACAGAAAUAUGGCAUUAACAUGGCAGAUAUAAAAAAGCUGAAGUCAGUUGGAAUUUGUACAAUUAAAGGUAUCCAAAUGACCACACGGCGUGCCCUCUGCAAUGUUAAGGGUCUGUCUGAAGCCAAAGUGGAAAAAAUCAAGGAAGCAGCUGGAAAGUUGUUGAUGAGUGGAUUUCAGACAGCCUCAGAAUACAGUAUGAAAAGGAGACAAGUGUUCCACAUUACCACAGGCAGUUUGGAGUUUGAUAAACUUCUAAGAGGGGGAGUAGAAAGUAUGGCAAUCACAGAGGCUUUUGGAGAGUUCAGAACUGGAAAGACUCAGCUCUCUCACACACUGUGUGUUACAGCCCAGCUUCCUGGUGAAAAUGGAUACACUGGAGGGAAGAUCAUCUUCAUUGAUACUGAAAAUACGUUUCGCCCAGACAGGCUGAAGGACAUUGCAGACCGGUUUAAUGUGGAUCAUGAGGCAGUCCUUGAUAACGUGCUGUAUGCUCGUGCCUACACAAGUGAACAUCAAAUGGAACUGUUAGACUUUGUGGCAGCCAAAUUUCAUGAGGAAGGAGGUGUCUUCAAGCUCCUGAUCAUAGACUCGAUCAUGGCUCUCUUCCGAGUGGACUUCUCUGGUCGAGGCGAAUUGGCAGAGAGACAGCAAAAGCUGGCACAAAUGCUCUCCAGGCUGCAAAAAAUAUCCGAAGAGUACAAUGUUGCAGUCUUUGUCACCAAUCAGAUGACGGCAGACCCUGGAGCUGGAAUGACGUUUCAAGCAGAUCCCAAGAAACCUAUUGGAGGUCACAUACUGGCACAUGCCUCAACCACACGCAUAAGCUUGAGGAAAGGACGUGGUGAAAUGAGAAUUGCUAAAAUAUUUGAUAGCCCUGACAUGCCUGAGAAUGAAGCUACAUUUGCCAUAACUGCAGGAGGAGUAGCAGAUGCGAAAGAGUAAUGGAGUCGCUUCUUCAGUUGCCUAAAGUUAUGAUGAAGAAAGGGUUUGUUUAGACAAGACUACAGGCAAUAUGUCUUUAGACUUACAUUUAAUGUGCUGUUAUUUAUUUAUUCACUCGUUUCUAUUUAAUGUGUAUUUAAGUGAUAAUUGUAAUGUGUUCAAUAAAACGUUUUAGUUUUUGCAAUGUCUGAAA